AUGGCGUCCGACCCAAGGGCUCCCGGCAGAGCAGCUUGGACCGUGGCAGACCUGCUGCGAUUUUCCCCACCCUGCUCUCCCCCACCCCCGCCCCGGCGCCCGCCCUGGAAUCGCUACCGUCUGUCCGAGAGCAUGAAAGGGCUGCUGGUGGCUCUCUUGGGGGGCGGCGUGCCAGCUGGCUUUGUGGCCCCUUUCACCCGUAUGGCCAAUGAGGCCUCGGGCAUUCCCUCCUUGGAGAUCCUCUUGUUCCGGUGUGUUCUGCACCUGCUCUUUGCCUGCUACCUCCGCUGCCGGAAGGCACCUUGCUUCGGGGCCCCCGAGGCCCGCCAGCGCACCUUGCUCCACGCCUCCAUCAACGUCAUCUCCAUUGGCUGCGCCUACAGCUCCUUCAUGGUGGUGCCCAGCGGAAACGCCGCCACCGUCCGCAAGGGCUCCUCCACCAUCUGCUCCGUCUUGCUGGCUCUGUGCAUUGAGAACGGGCGCUUGACGGGGUACGACUGGUUCGGACUGGUGGGCAGCACCCUCGGCUUGAUCAUCAUGGUGGUCCCAGACUUGUUGGACCUUGACAAGAGCACCCAGCUCUAUGACACCUUUGGGUACGCCCUGGCUUGCCUCGGAGGGAUGGCGCUGGCUUUGGGCCUGGUCAUCUUCAGAGCUCUGGACUUCCCGGCCAAGCUGGUGACCGUCGCCUUCAUGUUUGGCGUGGUUGGCAGCCUGGUGUGCUCCCCAGCAAUGUUCCUCCUGCAGGAGCCGGUGAUGCCCUUGGAUCCCUUGACCUGGACUUGUGUGGUGACCAUCAGCUUCCUGGCCUUGGUCUCCUUCUUGUGCGCCAGCUACGCUGUGACGAAAGCGCACCCAGCCCUCGUUUGUGCUGUGCUGCACUCAGAAGUGGUGGUGACCCUGGCCGUCCAGUACUACGUCUUGCGUGAGGCCGUCACGCCCUUUGACAUCAUGGGGGCUGGGGUCAUCCUAGGGAGCAUUGCCAUAAUCACAGCCCAAAAUAUCAGCUGUGAUGCUGCCGAGGAUGAUGAAGGAGAGCUCAGGAUGAUGAAGGGGAGCAAGUAA